AAGCAGCAGCACCGCCUCUGGAUCAAUUGGAUUUGCAGCCUAGGUGUGCCCAGCUGUAGGCAUAGCAGGUUGUAUUUCACGACAAAACGCAAGUGAGGGAAUGUCGCCAACAUAAAAAGGUCAAUGUGUCAACUAAAGGACCUCUACAGGGUUGUUGUCAACAUAGGUCCCUGACGUCUUCAGUCUGCUGCCAGUCUGUUUAGUUAGUUAACCCCAUCUCUUCCUGGAUCAGACAACCAUCACCCUCCUGCAUCACACCCAGGCACCCUCCUCAGACACCUGGCCAAUCGCUGGUUCUGAACAGCGUUACCAUGGACACCGAGUCCACCCACUCUGGCUACUCCAACAGAUCCAACAGACCUAGGGAGCAGAGUCGGCGUGAGCGGCGUAAGCUCAGCAGUAAGGACAGCAGCCGGUCAGAGAGGUCUGUAAUCAUCAACAGCCCCUAUGGGCCCACUCAGGCCUCCCCCAACCACAACAGUGAGCCCCUGCUAGAAGUCCCCACCUCCGUGACUGGAGACGAGGCUCCAAGCCUCCAGGAUGAUAACUGGGGGGAAACCACCACGGCGGUGACUGGCACCUCAGAGCUUAGUCUAUCCCAGGAGGAGGUGGUUGGUCUGGGGAAGAGGUCGGAGGACGGCCUGGGGCAGGGCUGUCGGCGCUACGCUCCCCUAGCUCUGAGCCUCUGUGUGGGGCUACUGGUCCUGGCCACCCCCCUGGCCUUCCUGGUCCUCCCGGCGGUGCUGUGGCCGGCCAGGCUGCAGGCCUGUGGCUCAGCCUGCGAGGGCCUCUUCCUCUCUGUGUCCUGUAAACUUCUCAUUCUUCUGCUAGCUGUGUGGGCGAUCUUCCUGCGCCAGUCCCGUGCCAGCCUGCCCAGGGUGUGUGUGUACCGAGCCCUCCUCACCAUGCUCACACUGCUGCUCACAAUCUCCUACUGGCUGUUCUAUGGGGUCCGCAUCCUCGACUCACAGGAUGAGGACUACCAGGGUAUCGUCCAGUUUGCCGUGUCUCUGGUGGACUCUCUGCUGUUUGUCCACUACCUGGCCAUUGUUCUGCUGGAGCUCAGACAGCUCCAGCCCUGCUACAGCCUGUGUGUUAUACGCUCCACUGACGGAGAGACACGCUACUACAACCUGGGACAGCUCAGUAUUCAGAGGGCAGCUCUGUCUCUGCUGGAGUUCUACUACAGGGACUUCCCUCUCCAUAACCCUGCCCUUCUCUCCGCCUCCAAGCACCGUGCCGCCAAGCACCUGGCCGGCCUCAAGGUCUACACCGUGGACGGCCCAGUGAACCCGGCGGGAUCGGGGGGAUCGGGGGGAUCGCAGGUGGGGGGUCAGUCGCGGGCCAUGAUCUCUGCAGCAGCCAGGCGCAGAGACGCCACUCACAACGAACUAUACUACGAAGAGGCCGACCAUGACCGACGGGUCCGCAAACGCAGAGCCAGGCUGGUGGUGGCUGUGGAGGAGGCCUUCAUCCAUGUGAGGCGGAUGCAGCAGGAGGAGCAGAAAGCAUCCCCUGGGGAUGUGAUGGACGUACGGGAGGCGGCCCUGGCUAUCUUCCCCUCCAUGGCCCGCGCCCUGCAGAAAUACCUCCGAACCACCAGGAGGCAGCACUGCCACAGCAUGGACAGCAUCCAGAGACACUUGGCCUUCUGCCUCACACACAACAUGAGCCCCAAGGCAUUCCUGGAGGCCUACCUGUCCCCUGGUCCUACGCUACAGUAUGGUCGAGAGCGCUGGAUGGCCGGUCAGUGGACUCUGGUCAGCGAGUCUGCGGUCACUAGCGGUCUAAAGGAGGACACAGUCUUCUCACUGAGGUGUCUAGACUUCAGCCUAGCGGUAACAGUCAAGUCCAUCCCCUACAUUCAAAUGACCGAGGAGUACGUCGAUCCUAAGUCACACAAGUUUACCCUGAGUCUCCAAUCUGAAACAUCAGUCUAACAGACACAUGUAGAAGAACUGUGGGAAUUCUAGACUUAUCUUUUUGUGUUCAGUUUCUUAAACCCUCUUUUACUUUGAUAUGCUCUUGUUGUGCUAUUUUGCUUCUCUCUUCUAUUUAUAUUACUGGUGUUUAUAAAGAUUAUUUUGGCUACUUUUAGAUUUGUUAUUGUACGUAAUUGAUAUGAACAGAUGCAUAUGGGAUAUUGUAACAAGAUGAAGUGUUAGCUGUGCAUAUAGUAGUUAAUAAACGGUAGGGAUCCCCAGCCCUAUGGCUCUUUUGGAGUGAAGAUGACCGAUGGAGAGAGUUAGGGAACAUGCUCUGAUUUCUAUUGUCCUGAGGCACACUGGAACAUUGAAUUAUGUCAGGGGGUUUUCAAUACACUGUAGAUGACCCUUGCGCAUUUUGUUCUUCCUGUGUGUGUGUGUGGGGGAGGGAGGGGGGGGGUGUGUGUGUAUUUUCAUAUUGUCUGCCCUGCUAAUAUGAAUGAAAUACUACCUAAAAAUCACCAAAACAGUUCAGGUUCAGUUUUCUAUCAAACUAAGAAUUGCUUUUCUUUACAGUUAAUGGAUUGUACAUGUGUGUUUUUAUAUACGGUUGAAGUCGGAAGUUUACAUACACUUAAGUUUUUCAACCACACCACACAUUUCUUGUUAGCAAACUAUAGUUUUGGCAAGUCCGUUAGGACAUCUACUUUGUGCAUGACACAAGUAAUUUUUCCAACAAUUGUUUACAGACAGAUU